UCCACAAGAAAAUUUUCAUUUUUGUAGUCGUUUUCCCCUCUGCGGGGUCGUAGCUACCUUUUUCCAUCUUCUUCUAUGAAAGACUAUGUUGUUCCAGUUUUUGUUGGAAGAGUCAAACAAAUCCAACUCCACAUCCCGUCGCCUAAUUAAAUACUUACUUAUCGUAUUCUUGCAAUCGAUAGUAAAAAUAUUUCUAAAGAUUUCAUUUUUCCAUUUCCAACAAUGGGAUACCAAAAUAAGCUGAAGUAAGUUUUGAGGUAUGAUGUUACAAAUAAUUUGACAUUUAAAUCAAGCGUCUUUUGCCACUUUCCAUCUCAUCAAAGGUUUCGUGAGGAGAAUUAAACUAGACUGUUGUCUACGACGUAACCAAGAUAUUAGAUGUCGUAUGUUUGGGUAUAGAGAGCAGUUACUAUGCAAUAAUAGAGACAUUAUAAGUAUGGCUACUGUAAUAUUGUCUUAAAGAUUUAUUAUAUUACAGAAAAUACCGUAUAUUUAGAUGAAACAUAGUCCUAACAUUUACAAUACUAAAUAAUUUACUUUUUAUCGAAGGAUAUGUCAGAAACAAAAGCGGAAACAACACCAAAAAUUGACUUAAGUAUGAUGAAGUUGUGAAAGCUUUCAUCUAAAAGCUCAGAAGGCAAAACUUAAAAAAAAUAUGAGUCAAAAAUGUUUAUGCCACGUAAUAAUAUGGAAUCUAAUUGGGAAAAAUUAUGGUUUCAAAAAAAAUUAACAAUUCUAUUUUAAUUUUCCAAGAACUGUAAUUCGUUGCUUAAUGCUUAUGGCAUAAGCAUCUAAUUUUCUUUCGAUUUCCCUCCGCGAAUUCCAAGUCCAAGGAGUCGUCCGCCCAAGAUACAAAGUGAUAGUUUUCCAAUACAAUGUCGCCUCACACACACAAGCAAACCGUACCACAAGCUUACAAACGUAAGUAUCGCCGAAGAUAGUACCAUUGCGCAUUCUGAUAACACGUCACGUAUUAAUGCUCGUAUAUAAACCAAGCCCAGGAGUACCCUGGCAUACAUUGUGAUCGUUCAUCGGACGGCAGUAAGUCGUCUGCCGUCAAAUAAUUAAAAAAUAAAAACGAAAAGUGAAAAGUGCAACAUGGCCAAACUAUUAGUGCUUCUAACCCUCGCGGCUGUCGCCAGUGCAAACUCCUAUACAGCAUCUAAACUAGUAAAAAACAUUUACAACGAAUGUUUGAGUCAAUAUUCGGUGGAAUGUGUGAAACCGAGGACCCUGCAGUGGAUUUCGCAAGUGGCUAACAAUGACGAGAUCAAGAUCACGGAUGACCUCUCCAUUGUCAAGACUGCGACCUUGGAAGAUGACAUCGAUGCUGACCCUAGGAUGGCAAAGGACCCUGCUUACCAACUCGUUGACAGAGUGGAUCGCUUCCUCCAGACCCAUACGCUCAAAGUGAAAGUUCCUGAGGAAAUAACGAACAGUGCUGCUUCGGAAUAUGUGCCCAGGUCGCUGCUCACCGACCUGCCUUCUGAGCUGGAGAUGCCUUUGGAUGGUGAAGAAGAUGGCCAGGUCUUCGAAGGCAGGAAGAAGAAGAUCAAGCUCCCCAAGCCCUUGAGAAUCAAGAGCAAGCACGGUUUCAUCAAGAAGGUUCUGCUUCCCUUCCUCCUCGGUCUGAAGUUCAAGGCUUCAGUUCUCGUCCCAUUGGCUCUCGCUCUCAUCGCUCUCAAGACCUGGAAGGCUCUGACCCUGGGUCUCAUCUCCCUUGUUCUAUCUGGUGCUAUGGUUAUCUUCAAAUUCACGAAACCCAAGGUCGUGAACUACGAAGUCAUCCAUUACCCGCAGCACCACGUUGAACACCACGUAGACCACCACGCCCCCGGCUGGGAUGCCCACGGACCCUACCAAGCGAGGACCUUUGAAGACGCCCACGAAAUGGCCUACUCAGCACAAAUAUAGACAAUGAAACAAAUAGCUUUAACACUACGGACCUCUGACUAAAUUAUUGUUUAAUUAAUUUAUUAUUUAUUUAUUUAUUGUUGUAAAUAAAAUUCAGUAUAAAGUAAGUUUCACAUUC